CUCAACAAUACAUUGCGGCUUGUCUUGCUUGUUCCACCACGGCACAACACAUUCCAGAACGGGGAGAGAGAGAGAGAGAGAGAGAGAGGGGGGGGAGAGAGAGAAAGGUCAGAUCCCUCCUGACAGGCAGAGCCGCUCAUAAUAAAUGACCUGUCAUUUAGUUACGUGGUUCUUGUGUUAAAUACUUCGUUCGUCCUUCUGCUUCUUCAAUCACUUGUUUUCUGUGAAGAGUAUGAAGACAAGCAGGAUGGCAGAUAUCUUCUGCCAUUCGGUGGCAGCCACCGCAAUUUGCAUGGCUACGGAUCGCCAGUCAGUCGCGAAACCAGGCCGGUUAAUCGAUCGCUCCAAGCUCCUGGACAUCAAGUACUCGAGGCUGGUCGAGCCAAAACUUUUGGACACCCCCUCAUCAGCUAACAAGCCACCAAAGCUCAGGCGGCAAAGGACCGAAAGGAUUGGACAGCAGCAAAUGAGAAGAAGGCAGGAAAUUGUCCGGCCCACUGUGGGCGACGUGUUUCAGGUUGUCGACAUGAGAGUCUCGUUGCACUGCCAAGGGUGUGCUGGAAAAGUGAAGAAACAUCUAACAAAGAUGGAAGGAGUCACAUCUUUUAGCAUAGACCUGGAAACCAAGAAGGUAACUGUCAGGGGACACGUCUCGCCCAUCGGAGUCCUAGAAAGCGUCUCAAGGGUGAAGAAGGCAGAGUUCUGGGCCAAUCAGGCCUGAGAGACAGACAGCACAGCAGAGAUGGGGUUUCGAAUUGAACCUGCAGGGCGGUACAUUGUACGUGGCUUGGUCCUGGUCCUCUUCCUUUCUCAUGCUGUUUCAUUUCAUUUCCCUCUGAUCUGAAGUUUUCUGUGUCGGUGUAAGUGUGUGUACUGUAAAGCAACUGUAUUGCAGAUGAUGUGUUCUCCUAGGAGUGUCCUCUUUCUAAUAAUCAUCCAACGGAAAUGCAUUAGUAGUUUGGUUGUGGUAUUUGACAGAAAUGGGAGAACCCAACAAGGGAAAUUGCUGUUGUCCUGCGAAAAAACCACUUUCUGUUAUAGAGAGGAAAAAAAGGAAGCAAAAUUAGUAUGGCCAGGAUGACAGCUUCUUGGUCAAAGACAAGGGAGGGAGUACCCAAACGUUUGUUCUGUUAGUUGUAAUUUCCUGAAUUCGGAAAAGAAUUUGUCUUUUCCGGAUAUUUUGUUUCUGGCUUCUGUUGGCAAUUA